AUGCCAGCAGCUCUUGGUCCAGGGCCUAAAUCCGUUAAAAGGAAGAGGGUAUCUUCAGAAAAGAAACCAAUCAAGCGAGCUCGAUCGGAAAGCAGCGACGAUGAGGUAGACACCCAGGCGCAAAUACUGAUACUGGAGAACGAGAUCUUCGAAUCGAAAAAGAAUUACAACAACAUCGCAAAACUAAUUACGAUUUUCACGGACGACAAGCAAGACCCUGACGACUCGGUGGUUGCGGCGAUCUCACUAUGUCGGGCUUUUACACGGCUACUCAGUGCUGGGGAACUGGCUCCUAAAGCUGGAGCCACGGAAAAGGAUCUCGUUGUGAUGAGAUGGCUUAAAGAUCGUUAUUUGGAAUACAAGGAGGCACUGCUUGAUAUAUUAGGCGAGGAGGGAAUAAGCGCAACUGUGUUGAAGCUCUGUAUGCGAUUACUGAAGACAGAAGGCGAGCAUAUUCGAAAUAACCAGGAGUACCAAUUUCCUACCUCAUUUCUCAGUGGCAUUGUGCAAACUUUGCUGGACCCCGAAUGUGACGAGGAAGCGCGGAAAGAGUUUAGUGAACAAUUCGUAGAAGAGUACGAUGAUGUUAGAUUUUAUACUUUGGAAGCCAUCCAAAACUUUCUUGGAGACCCUGCAACGCAGAUAUCCAGCGAACUUUUUGACAAUGUCCUCGAGGUUCUCAAUAGCAUUGAAUCCGUCCCCGAAUCCAACGAAGAGCUCGAGGACUUUUAUAUCAAGGCUCCCAAGAAGAAAACACAUUCUCUGUACUCGCUAUCACAACACAAAAAACGGGCCCAAGGAGCAUGGCUUGCUUUGUUGAACAUGCCGAUGGAUAAAGAGCAGCGAAAGGCGGUUCUAGGGUUGGUGGCAGAUACAAUCGCACCGUGGUUCAAUAAGCCAGAAUUAUUGAUGGACUUCAUGUCAGAUUGUUAUGAUGCUGGGGGGUCGACUUCUUUGCUAGCUUUGUCCGGAGUAUUUUACUUGAUACAGGAGAAGAACCUCGACUAUCCGUCGUUCUACCGCAAACUAUACUCUUUACUGGACUCAGAAAUUCUACAUUCGAAGCACCGAUCGAGAUUCUUCAGAUUACUUGACACCUUUUUAUCGUCGACGCAUCUUCCAGCCGUUCUUGUCGCAAGUUUUGUGAAAAGACUUGCAAGAUUAACACUAUACGCACCACCUUCUGGAAUUGUUGCCGUUGUCCCUUGGAUAUACAACAUACUGAAAAAGCAUCCCACAUGCACUUUCAUGAUACACCGCGAAACGCGGACUCGAGAAGGCAAGGAACUUCUAGAGAAAGAGGGUAUGACUGAUCCGUUUCUUGCGGACGAAGAGGACCCUAUGGUGACAGAAGCGAUUGAAAGUAGUUUAUGGGAGAUCGUAACAUUACAAUCUCAUUAUCACCCAAACGUAGCAACGCUGGCAAAGAUCAUCUCCGAGCAAUUUACGAAACAUGCGUACAAUUUAGAAGAUUUUCUGGAUCAUUCAUACGGAAGCAUGCUCGAAUCAGAACUGUCGAAGGAAGUUAAGAAGAUACCAGUUGUAGAAUAUGAGAUACCCAAAAGAAUCUUCCUGGAGCAGGAUGGGAAUUCAGAAGUGGAAAAUGGAUUGUUGGUGAAAUUGUGGGACUUUCAAUAG